CGCAGAAGGCGGGCCGGGCGGGCCGGGCGUUGCCGAUGCGCGAGCCGGGUCGUUAGGUCGGGCGGCCCGGGCGGCGCCAGUCCGCUCCGUCCUCCGCGCUGCCACCAUGUCCAUCUUCACCCCCACCAACCAGAUCCGCCUAACCAACGUGGCAGUGGUGCGCGUGAAACGGGGCGGGAAGCGCUUCGAAAUCGCCUGCUACAAGAACAAGGUGGUCGGCUGGCGGAGCGGCGUGGAAAAAGAUCUCGACGAAGUCCUGCAGACCCACUCAGUGUUUGUCAACGUUUCUAAAGGUCAGGUUGCAAAGAAGGAAGACCUCAUCAGUGCUUUUGGAACGGAUGACCAAACUGAAAUCUGUAAACAAAUUUUAACUAAAGGAGAGGUUCAAGUGUCAGAUAAAGAAAGGCACACGCAGCUGGAGCAGAUGUUUAGGGACAUUGCAACCAUUGUGGCAGACAAGUGCGUGAACCCAGAAACAAAGAGGCCAUACACUGUCAUCCUUAUCGAGAGAGCCAUGAAAGAUAUCCACUAUUCAGUCAAACCCAACAAAAGUACAAAACAACAGGCACUGGAAGUGAUAAGGCAGUUGAAGGAGAAGAUGAAGAUAGAGCGUGCUCACAUGAGACUUCGGUUCAUCCUGCCAGUGAAUGAAGGAAAGAAGCUGAAAGAGAAGCUGAAGCCACUGAUGCAGGUUGUGGAGAGUGAGGACUACAGCCAGCAGCUGGAAAUUGUAUGUCUGAUUGACCCAGGCUGCUUCCGUGAGAUCGACGAGCUGAUCAAAAAGGAGACAAAGGGCAAAGGCUCCUUGGAGGUGCUGAGCUUGAAGGACGUGGAAGAAGGAGAUGAGAAGUUGGAGUGACGCACCACAGUCUGGUCAGCUCUGGGCUGGACAUAACACAGUGCUUUCGUACCCAAUGCCACCACUGGAUUUUCAUGAGCUGCCCAAGGCCUGCUCAAACUGACAUUUCUGUCUUGUUAACCUUUUCAUAAGUACGAUGCCAUGGUAUGCUUUCAUUUCACUUGUACAUUGGGAUUUUAGGCAAAAAUGAAGAUUCAAAAAUAUGAAGUCCAGAGUAGCAUCUUGUGGCCAUCUCAUGUCCUCAUUGAUUUCCAAAGCAACAGUCAUUUGAGACUGUGCGCUGUAUGAGUAAGAUGAUGGGGACAUAAAGGUACCCUCAGGAUGGUUCUAGAAUGUAAGUUGCAAGGUGGUGCUGCGUCAGAGCAACACUGGCUGCAAAGCCACAUCUGUGGACCUGGGCACUGCGCAAAUGCCUGCCACAGCUCUGUGAAGCUGGGUGACAGUGCAAGACCCAAGUCAUUACUUCUAAUUGUUAAAAGUUUAUAAUAUAUAUUAAUACAGCUAAAAUUAUAUGCAAUCAAUAAAACUACUGUUAUUUUUUCCAAA